AUGUCUUCUCCCGGUGCCACCUCCAACCCUCUGAACACUCUGGCGCCCAAAAGGAAAACUAAGAAGAAGCACUUUGUGCAGCAGAAGGUGGAGGUUUUCCGAGGAGGUGACCCCGUGUUGAGCGUGCUGAUGUGGGGAGUCAAUCACUCGAUUAAUGACCUGAGCCAUGUGCCUGUACCUGUCAUGCUGCUUCCAGACGACUUCAAAGCCAGCACCAAGAUCAAAGUCAGCAACCACCUCUUCAACAAAGAGAAUCUUCCAGGACAGUUCAAAUUCAAAGACUACUGUCCACAGGUGUUCAGAAACCUGCGAGAGCGCUUUGGAAUCGAGGACCAAGAUUACCAGGUGUCUCUGGCCCGCAGUCCUCCACUAAAAGACGAAGAGGGGCAAGGCGUGGAGCUGCUGCUGACAUCAUACGACCGCACUUUGGUAGUUAAAGAAAUCUCCAGUGAGGAGGUGGAGGAAAUGCACAACAUCCUCUCUGAGUAUCACCAGCAUAUCGUCACCUGCCACGGCAGUACGCUGCUCCCUCAGUUCCUGGGCAUGUACAGAGUCACCGUGGAGAACGAGGACACCUACCUGUUGGUUAUGAGGAACAUGUUCAGCCACAGACUGCACGUACACAGGAAGUAUGAUCUCAAGGGGUCUGUGGUGUCUCGUGUAGCAAGUUUUAAAGAGAAGGUGAAGGAGCUGCCCACGUAUAAAGAUGUAGACUUCAGGAAUAACAUGCAAAAAGUGUAUGUGAGUGACGAGGAGAAGGAAAAUAUCGUUGAUAAGUUGAACAGAGAUAUCGAGUUUCUGGUGCGUAUGAGGAUCAUGGACUACAGCCUGCUGCUUGGCAUCCAUGAUGUGAAGCGGGCUGAGAGGGAGGAGGAGGAGGAGAUGGAGUCGUCCUAUGAAGAGGAAGAGGAGGAUGAAAACAGCUUGGCUCCCGCUCCAGGAUCCACCUCACCUGAGGGUAUCGGUGGCUACAUGAACUCCUUCAAACCCAUGGGCCCCGGAGAAUUUGACCCUUACGUGGAUGUGUACGCUAUUCAGAGUGCUGUAGGUGCACCCCAAAGGGAGGUAUAUUUUAUGGGUCUGAUUGACGUGCUGACACAGUACGACACCAAGAAGAAAGCUGCUCACGCUGCCAAGGCUGUCAAACACGGGGCAGGAGCAGAAAUCUCAUCAGUUCAUCCAGAGCAGUACGCAAAACGUUUCCGAGAGUUCAUCACUAAGAUCUUUGCCUAG